UUAAUUGACAGGAAAGUGCAGACAACAUCUACGCAGAAAGUCAACUCGUCUUCUUGGUUAAUGGAUAGGAAAGUGCAGGCAACAUCUACCUAGAAAGUCAACUCGUCUUUUUGGUUUUUCUGCAUAUCUAACAGAAUAGCAUUCGAGCUCUGUACAACUUCAACCAGCAGCAGUUAUGGACAUAGUCUCGCCAAUACUGGAGAAGGCAGGUGCAAGUUAUGUCAUCAAUAAACUAAUUGAUGCAGCCACUGGUUAUGUGCAAGAUCAGUACUACUGGAAAACUGACUUGCAAGGAGAAUUGCAAAACCUCGGACGCUUACUUCCUCAGAUUCAAGCAGUUGUUGACUUUGCCGAACCUAGGUUAACUAUGUAUGAAUCUUCUAAUCCAGCAUUAAUCAAGUGGCUGUGGCAGUUCAGGAAUGGGAUCGAUGAGGCUGAGGAUGUGUUGGAUGAUCUGGAAUAUAUUGAACUGGAGAAGAAAGCUAACAGUGACAAAAGUAGGCUUUCUAGAAGGGUUGAUGCUUCUGUUAAAGCUGCAAAAAGAUUACUGAAAUUUGAUGAUGUUCUUGGAAGAUUAAGGGCAUGCGUGAAGAAUUUGAACACCUUUGCUUCAGAUGUCCAGAAUUUUUUGGCACUGGUGACGCAAACAGUUGGCAUCGGAACUGGACAAAUGCGGUAUUAUCAUUCAAGUAGAAUCACCAAUCCUUUGCCUGUAUUAUCAUUCAAGGGACGUGAGGACGAAAAAGGAAAAAUCAUCCAGUAUUUGCUAGGAGAGUCAGUGGAAAAAUCUGAAAUGUGGAUCAAUGAGAGUGUGCAUUGCCUGCCUUUGGUAGCGAUUGGUGGUAUGGGGAAGACUGUGCUCGCUAAACAAGUCUUUCAUCAUUUUGAAAACGUGAAAAAAAAACACUUUGACAUCAAAAUCUGGGUAUGUGACUCCUUACCUGAUCUCAAUGCAUCAAGUCUUAUAAAGAAAAUUCUAGAGUAUCAAACUGGCGGAUCUGAAUCUGGGCCAUUGGAACGCCUACCGGUGAAGCUCCAGAAGAUUUUACAUUCCAAAAGAUUUUUACUUGUCCUAGAUGAUGUUUGGGAUGACAAUAACCAAACAGAGUGGGAGAAACUAUGUGCUCCGUUGGUAUAUAGCCAAAAGGGAAGCUGGAUAAUAUUAACAACUAGAUUGAGAUCAGUUGCGAAAAUGAUCUCAAAAGUAAUCAGAAGCACAAUGGAGCCAAUGAUAUUGCGGGGCUUGUCAAAUGAUGAAUGUCGUUCACUCCUCUAUGAGCAUGCAUUUUCUGGUGAAGACCCAAAUAAAUUCCCGCUUCUUAAAGAAAUUGGUGAAGAAAUAGUGGAGAAAUUGAAAGGUGUACCUCUUCUAGCAAAGUCAAUUGGAGGAGCGUUGAACAGUAAACUAGAAGCAGAUCACUGGACGAGUAUUUCAAGAAGUGAAUUAUGGCAAAUGCCAAUUGAUUCAAAAUAUGAAUUCAAUCCAGUUCUAACACUCAGUUAUGUGAUGCUUCCACCACGCUUGAAGCGAUGUUUUUCCUACUGCAGCAUAUUUCCACAAGAUUACCAAUUCAAAAAGCAAAAGCUAGUGUGCAUGUGGGUGGCAGCAGACCUAAUUUACAAGGAUGAAUUAGAGGAUGGCUUGGAUGAGGAGGACAUAGCUAACCGUUGCUUUGAUAUAUUGUGCAACAAAUCUUUCUUUGAUGUGCAUACCUAUAGUCGGAGUCUGAGUCGCAGUCAAAUGCUAUUUUGCCAAAGAUAUUCUCUCUAUGAUUUCAAAGAAGAUUUUUAUACCAUGCAUGAUAUGUUGAACGGUCUUGCUUGUCAUGUCUCACGCUAUGAAUGUUGUAGAAUUGUGCAUGACACUCCAAGUCACAUUUUGGACAAUAAUGUCAUCCGCCAUAUAUAUGUUACCGGUUCCCAUGCUCAACUCCAUGAUCUAGCUAAAAUAGUGAGCAAACUCAAGCACUUGAGAACACUCUGGAUAAACUAUCACGGGGAUCCUCAAAAACUUGAUGAUUGUAUUCGAUAUGCCUGUAAAUCAUCAAGAAGAAUUCGGGUAUUGAUUAUGGAGUCUAAUUAUUCCAGAUCAUCUUAUCAGUGUUUGAAAAGCAUCAAUGACUUUUUAAAACUACGAUUUCUUGAAAUGACAGGUCUUUUGCUACCACCAUAAAUAUCAAAAUGUAAGUUCUACUUCUUACAAGUUUUAAUUGGAUACAAUGUCAUUCUGGCAAAAGAGGUAAAUAAGUUGACCAACUUAAGACAUUUAUAUGAAGUGGAUAACGAUGCAUUUCUCUCGGUGGCAAAAGUAGGAAAGUUAACAUCCCUUCAGGAAUUAUGCUUCACGGUGGGCACAGAACCCAAAUAUAGAAUUGAUGAGUUGAUGAAUAUGGAUAAUCUCCGUGAAUUAAUUAUUAGACAACUUUCCAAUAUACAGAGUCUUGAAUAGACCAAUAAGGUUAACUUGGUCAGGAAAAGUUAUCUGACAAGACUAGCACUGGACUAUUGGCCAAUAAGUAGUAAUCCUGACUUUGAUCAACAGGAGGUUCUCGUGGCUCUACGACCCCCUCCCACGAUUAGAGAACUCUACAUUAGACAUUAUAGCGGUGCUAGGCUUGCACCGUGGAUGGAUACUCCAUCUCUUUCUCGGCUUGAAGUUCUUCAAUUAGAUUCUUGUACAAGUUGGGAAGAGUUGCCCCCUCUAUGGAAGUUGCCCUGCCUUAAGUUUGUAAGAUUGAAUGGCAUGGAAGCUAUAAGAAGUUUGGGUUGCCACUUCUCCAAUAAGAUGGACAUACACUUUCCAGUUUUAGAGAAUCUUGUAUUUUAUGACCUUCCGCUCUGGGAGGAAUGGAAUGGUGCGGAUGAUUAUAUAUGGUUCCCUCAUCUCAAAAGAUUUGAAAUUCAUGACUGUCCCAGACUAAAGAAAAUUCCGGACCUUCCGUUGUCUAUAGAGAAACUC